AUGACGACGUGGACAUGGAUGCGCCAAGCGUUGACGGUGAAGAGGAAGAGCUCGACGGAGACGAUUCCCCUGCUGCGCGGGGAGGCGGGAGGCGCGUUGGCACCGAUGGAGACGAUUCCCCUGCUGCGCGGGGAGGCGGGAGGCGCGCUGGCGCCGACGGAGACGAUUCCCCUGCUGCGCGGGGAGGCGGGAGGCGCGUUGGCGCCGACGGAGACGAUUCCCCUGCUGCGCGGGGAAGCGGGAGGCGCGUUGGCGCCGACGGAGACGAUUCCCCUGCUGCGCGGGGAGGCGGGAGGCGCGCUGGCGCCGACGGAGACAAUUCCCCUGCUGCGCGGGGAGGCGGGAGGCGCGUUGGCGCUGACGGAGACGAUUCCCCUGCUGCGCGGGGAGGCGGGAGGCGCGUUGGCGCCGACGGAGACGAUUCCCCUGCUGCGCGGGGAGGCGGGAGGCGCGCUGGCGCCGACGGAGACGAUUCCCCUGCUGCGCGGGGAGGCGGGAGGCGCGCUGGCGCCGACGGAGACGAUUCCCCUGCUGCGCGGGGAGGCGGGAGGCGCGUUGGCGCCGACCGAGACGAUUCCCCUGCUGCGCGGGGAGGCGGGAGGCGCGCUGGCGCCGACGGAGACGAUUCCCCUGCUGCGCGGGGAGGCGGGAGGCGCGCUGGCGCCGACGGAGAUGAUUCCCCUGCUGCGCGGGGAGGCGGGAGGCGCGUUGGCGCCGACGGAGACGAUUCCCCUGCUGCGCGGGGAGGCGGGAGGCGCAUUGGCGCCGACGGAGACGAUUCCCCUGCUGCGCGGGGAGGCGGGAGGCGCGUUGGCGCCGACGGGGAUGAUUUCCCUGCUGCGCGGGGAGGCGGGAAUGGAGAAAGAAUGGGAGAGGGAUCGGAUGCAAGCAGAGGAGCAAGCGCAGGGAAACAAGCUGGCGGAGCAGCAUGUGAGGAAGGUGCGGGGAGGAAGGCCAGAGCUGCUGGGGGAAGCAGAGCAGGAGAGUAAGGAAGUGGGGGCAGGGGAGCCCCUAGCAACAGGGGAAAAGGCAGACCAUACAAUGGAAGAAGCGGAGAACCGGGCGGCAUGGGAGCGAGCUAAGGCAACGGAACACUUGGAGGAGGUGAUACCGGUGGCGGUGGGGGACCUACAUACCGUGCAGUUGAGGGAUGCGGGCAGCCGUGAGCAGUGGCAGCAGCAGGAAGGCAAGGGGAUAAGGGCGGCUAUAGAGGGCGAGGGUCGGUUCGGCUCGUUCAUGUCAAACAUGGGGCGGAAUAAGAACGUCCCCCCUCCUUCCUCACCAUCAGCAUAUGGCGAGGGCCGGUUCAGCUCGUUCAUGAUGGGGCGGAAGAAGGAGGCCCCGCCUCCUCCGCCACCAUCAGCAUCGUUCUCUGCUGCUGCUGCUGCCCCCAGCCAGCCCCAAGAGCCGCAGCGGGAACUCGCAGGGUUUCUGUGGAAAGUGAGCUCCAAGGGCGGGUGGAGCAAACGGUGGUUCGCCCUCAGCGACAAGACUGCUAGGCUGUACUAUGUGAAGAAGCCCGACGAGAAGACUCCCCGAGGCGUCAUCCCUCUGGAGGACUGCAUAGUGGAGGACAAUCUCCCGCCAGAGGAGGUGCCAUCAGCGUCCGACCUCAAGUCUGGGAGCCCCUCCGCCCAGUCGCUGUCGUUCAAAAUCAGUAAUCGCACCCCGUACAAGACCGUGGUCAAAGUGCACAACGCUCUCAUCCUUCGUGUUGACAGCCUGACAGAGAAGCAGCAGUGGGUGCCCCCCCUGGUGCACAACGCUCUCAUCCUCCGAGCGGACAGCCUGGCAGAGAAGCAGCAGUGGGUGCAACGCCUGCGCAGCCACACCAAGGCCUUCAAAGAAGCGCCCUCGCCCCCACCAGAAGCAGCAGGCGGAGGGGAAGCAGGGGACGACUCGGGGGGCGCGGAUGGGGAACGGGAGGGGGAGAGCGGGCCCGGGGGACUUGGGGGGGGCGUUCCCCCCGCGCCUGGGCAGCAGGGGGGGCCUGGGGGGGGGAAUCAGCGGGUGGUGAGUCCGGAGGAGGAGCUCAAGGCCAUGGCGACUGAAGUGAGGCGAUACGUGCAUGCUGUGCUGGCGCACCUGGCAGAUAACAUCCCCAAGGUGGGCAGGGAGGAGAGUGGAUUUGGUGUCCAGGCAAUAGUGCUGACGCAAGUGGAGAAGGCCAAAGACGCCAUGCUCACAAAACUGUACCAGAAAGUCAGUGAACUAUCCGACGACAGUCUGUCAGUGCUGCUGCAGGAGGACAUGGAGAGCAAAGGGAAGAGGGAGCGGUUCAAGCACCUGCAGAACGCCCUGCUGAAGCUGAAGCGGUCACUCAGCCUGCAUGAGGCACGGGCGUCCGCAGAAGAGGAGGCUGGGGCAGGAGGGAAGGAGAAGGUGGAUGACUGGCGUGCAGCCUUCAACAAGGCAUCACCCAUGGCCCCCGUGCAAGAGGAAGCAUCCUCCCCGAGGUCCUCCGCUCCUGCUCUCUCCCCAACAUCUACCAAGCCGGCCCGAACCUCCUCCGGAACUCCCAAGGGCUCAGGCUCGGGAGGAACAGGUUCGUCCCCCGCUCCUGCUGCAUCCCAAUCCGCUGCUUCUGCUGCGGUGGCUUCAGCAGCAGCAGCAGCUGCAGCGGCAGGGAGAGGAGGAUCCGGAGCAGGUGCAGGAGCAGGAGCAGGAGGAGGGGCAGGGGGGCCAGGGGGAGCAGGAUCGGCAUCGUCUCCCUCCCCAUCCAUCUCCUAUGCCCCUAGAACCAGCAUGAGCAUGGCCCCUAUGACAUCUCCUAUGGGAGGAGGAGGGAGCCCCAUGGGCAUGGCUAACAGCGCGAGCCUUGGCACUGCGGGGUAUGGCGGGAGUGUUGGCAUGAGCAGCAGUGCGGGUGCAGCAGCAGGGUACGGCAGCAGUGGGGGGGCGAGGGGAACGCCGCCUAUGGCAGGUCCUCCUAUGGGAGGAGCUCCUAUGGCUGCAGGUGCUGGUAUGGGUCAGCCCAUGGGGCAGCCUAUGGGGCAGCCAAUGGGUGCGCCCAUUGCGGCUGGUCCCCCCCGCAACCCUUCGCCUCUGCGGCAGAUGCUGAGUGGCGUGGGCAUGGGAAGGAGGGUGCCUCCUGCUCCCCCCACCACCGCUGCGCCCACGUAUAAGUACCCAUAG